CCCCCCCCCCCGUGUUGCAUUCUGCCGCCUUGAAUCUCAUACUGAAGGGUUUAUUGCUUUGUUUCUGUCAUUCCCUGAUACUGUUGGUCUGUCUGCAAGGGUUUUGUCCUGACCCUGCGUUUGUGUUUUCUGCACCUAGUGUGGGUUCAUUUGUAGGUUCUGCUGGCUGCCUCCAAGGUACCCCAGCCCUGCCUGUGUGUGUCUGUCCCACUGUGUCUCUGCCCCAUGGACCAGUGUGUGUGUGUGGAGCGGGAGCUGGAAAAGGUGCUGCACAAGUUCCUGAUGUAUGGGCAGCACUGUGACCGCAGCCUGGAGGAACUGCUACAUUAUGUCAGUGGCCUCCGACAGGAGCUUUCCAAUACAGGCCACCUUGAUUCACAGUUGUCAGCAACACUGUCACUAGUUAUGUCACAGUGUUGUAAGAAGAUAAAGGACACUGUUCAGAAGCUGGCAUUGGAUCAUAAAGAUAUCCACGGCAGUGUUUCCAAAGUAGGGAAGGCCAUCGACAGGAACUUCGACACGGAUGUGAGUGGAGUCGGGGUGGAAGGUGUCUGGGAUUUGCAUGAGAAGCAGCAGUUCUUGAGCGAGGCUGUGGUGGAGCACUUGUACAGACAAGGGUUGUUGAAUGUCGCGGAAGAGCUGUGCCAGGAAUCUGGAAUAUGUAUUGACCUCUGUCAGAAGGAACCCUUUCUAGAGUUGAACAGGAUCCUGGAGGCACUGCGGGUGCGAGAUUUGAGGCCAGCACUGGAGUGGGCCAUGGCAAACCGGGACAGGCUGUUGGCUUUGAACAGCACGUUGGAGUUCAAAUUGCACAGGUUGUAUUUCAUAAGCCUACUGACUGGCGGCAUCAUCAACCAAAUUGAGGCACUGGAAUAUGCCAAGAACUUUCAGCCCUUUGCACAACAACAUCAAAGAGACAUCCAAGUGUUGAUGGGAAGCCUGGUUUACCUGCGGCAUGGCAUUGCAAACUCCCCAUACCUCCAUCUGCUGGAUUCAAAUCAGUGGGCAGACAUCUGUGACAUCUUCACCAGAGAUGCCUGUGCCCUCCUCGGUCUUUCAGUUGAGUCCCCUCUCAGCGUCAGCUUUUCUGCUGGAUGUCUGGCAUUACCGGUUCUGCUGAAUAUCAAGGCAGUAAUUGAACAGCGACAAUGCACAGGGAUAUGGAGCCAAAAGGACGAGCUUCCGAUUGAGAUUGAGCUGGGGAAGAAGUGCUGGUACCACUCUGUGUUCGCCUGCCCCAUCCUCCGACAGCAAGCUACUGAAUCCAACCCUCCGAUGAAACUGAUCUGCGGCCACGUGAUCUCCAGAGAUGCGUUGAACAAACUGAUAAACGGUGGGAAAUUAAAGUGCCCCUAUUGUCCAAUGGAACAAGCUCCCUCUGACGCAAAGCAGAUCUAUUUCUGAAGACCAUAUUUGAGCUCAGUGGACAUUGUGCCUAUCUGUUGGAGAAGAGCUGUUACUAGGGUGUGUCUGUAUAAUUGUGACCAGCCUAGCCCGCUAGAUGGUGUGAAUGUGACUUGCCCUGAUGGGGCUAAAGGGGAUUGUAGCCGACGUUUCUUGAUGGUUCCCUGCUCACCCAGCUGCUGUGGGAUCUGCACUUCGUUUGCACUAGUCUAGAACCUGGAUUAGCCAUUAAGUCCUAUCUAACUUUUUUUUUGUCCCACUUGCAAAUGCUUAGCAAAUAUCAGGUAGCUUAAGUACAAUUACUGUUGCCAUUUGAUAUCGGCAGCACCCAUUAUAAACAGUUUGCUGUGGAGUAGUUCCCUGCCAGUGGUGGUCCAGUGGAUUAAUUAACUGCUGUACAUACAUUUACACUAUUCACUAUGAUAAAGUUGAAUGGUAUGUACGUUUUUUUGAGUUCACCUUGUUCCAUUUUUUUGUCGCUGCUCAGUUUGGGAAUGUCGAUCACAGAUGCCUUUAUCCCCCAUUCCCUUCUUCCCUCCCCCACCAGCAUCACUAACCCCAGUUUGGGGAGACGUGCAUUGCAGUGCUAUUCAAAGCUAGUGAGCAUUACAAACUUUUAGGAUAUUGAAAUUUCACAAGGCUCUCUUGAUAUUUCUGAGUGGUUUGGAGAGCAUGGCUUGGUAAUGGAGCUGGAGCUGUGGAUUAUACCUGAUCCAUCUCUUGUAUUCCCUGAAAUCGGUCACCAAGUGCGAGCAAGGUGAAGCCCACCAAUGUAACUCCUUCCCUUCACACGUAGACCUAUAAUACAUAUCAAACCCCCUUUCCUUGGUCUUUAUGGACUGUGGUGAUGACAUUUGACAAUAACUUGCAGCACAUUUUGAAUCCUAAGUCUUGGAAAAACUGAUUUGUCUCUCUAUUCCUGUUACUUUCGUCAGCAGCAGUUUCAUAUAAUUAACUCGGUAGAAUUAAUUCAAUAUAGAAUUAUUUUGCUCUGAGACUCCCACUGCAACUCACUGAACAUAUUGGUCAAACUAUGCAGUAAAUCCCAAGUUUUAGAUAUGUUCCCAUUUAUAACCAGGGCUAAAGUAGGAGAACUGUUGUGUUCUGAAGCUGGGAGACGAGGGAAGUUACUUGGUAUUCUCAUUCUUUAUCCAGCUUGAGAUGUUGGUCAGGGCGUCAGGGUGCCUGUGACACCCAUCCUAGUUGUUGAGUUUGCCUAUUGUGUUGUCUGGGGUCUCUUAUGCAGACUAGCAGUUCGUGCAUGUGCAAGAGAUCUGCUAGUGCCCCAUGUAACCAUUCCCCAGCUGCAACCCCAACUUGGGAGGGGAGGGUGCAUUGUAAUUGUACUGCUUCCUUGACUGUAGGUGUGAAUACCCCGAGAAGAGACUAGGGUGGGGUAUGGUGUUGGAGCGGGGAGUCACUCCAGCUGUGACGGCUAUUCAGUGUUUUUCAGAAAUUAGCUUUUAAAUUUGAUGUUUUAUUUAUAAGUCUACUUUAUCUUUUUUAUAACUAUUCCUGAUUUGGUUGUUAUAUGUCCCUGUUAACUGUGCCAUUGCAGAUAGUUGUUUUCCAUGACAUAGCACCAUAAUUUCCUCUUGCACUGGUUUUACAUAUUGGCGUACUGACAAGUCAGUCGUGACCUACAAUACGUUGAUUGUAACUAUGCAUCUUGGGUUGGGGGGGGGGGAAGAAAGUGCUUGGUUGUUUAUCAUUUGUUUCAGAAAGUCCAGUUACCCGUUAAUUAUAAACCUGUUGUCCCUAAAAGCAGCAGCACUAACUGUUCUUCGUGAAGCAUGCAUUAAAUCCCAGAUAAUUGGUCACCAUGCAAUGGUUUGAUCGGCAGUUUCAUAGAAUGGGAGUGAAGAUGAAUCAAUUUGAUCAAGAAGGUUAAGUAAAGGUCAAACUCUGCGUCAGACAAAUGGCAUUGAGCAGAAACUCCAGUAGAUGAAAACCUUUCCCCCUCUACCAUUCUCAUAAGAAGCUGAAGGAACCUCCUGCACUUCUUUUUUUUUUGUCCUCUGAAUAUUUUUACCAGAUAUUAACUUAGAAGAAUGUCCUACAAAGAAGGCUUCCUUCUAUGUAAUGUCCAUCCCUGUGGAUAAGUAAAUUGGGUCCUGCUCACCUCCCCCACAAUAGCAGUGCUGAGAAGAUGGGCAGCAGAGGUAGAAAUCAAUGAUUUGACUAGGAUAAAUAGCAUAAGAUGGGAGGUUUCAGCACACAUUAGGGUUUCCCUAGGUUAUGAAAUGUAACCUGAAUGUAAAGUGCUCAACAUCAUUGUCAACAAUGUCUAAAGCCUUCAAAAGUAUUAAAAUAUAACCAUCUCGAGUGUCAGAAUCAAUUGUGAUGGACAAGGAUGUGCAACCCAGGCUUGGCUGCAAUGGAUUCAGUAGCGAUGCCCAACAUGCAUGCACAGUUUGUAGAGAGAUGAUGAGUUUAAUAGUGGAUAGCAUGGUUGCUAAACAAAUUUAUGGAUGGCAAGUCCUGCAAAAUGUGGGGAACGUGGUUCUUAAACUAUGCUCGGAGUUUUUAAUUGGAAGGAGUGGGUAAAUUUUCCUCUGGCAUUUCUGAAACAUCACAAUCACUAGGGUGGUAAGUGACCAUCCCUCACCACAUUCUUGCUUUUUUUUUGGAUGGUGUAUAAAUACAAAACAAAACCUGGAAGAAUGCACCAUUUCAUGAGCUGUAAUUUUAAUGCCCUAGCUUGCUUGUCACAAGUCGUCCCAAAAAGCCAGAAGAAUGCAAAGGAAAGGUCAUGGAAUACCCUGCAAUCAGCAGUUUGGGGAGCUUGGUGCCCUGAUGAUUUUAGACUGUUACGUGACUUUAAUUUUGUUGCCCAUAAUAUAAUUUAUGUUAUAUAACAGAUGUUUAAUAAAUAUGUUGAAGUGCUUGAA